AUGCCUGCGUGGAACACGGCUCGGACAGCUCCUUUGACCUGGAAAGGCGGGAGGGACUCGCUCACUAGUAGCCCGCGAGUUCGAACCUGCGCGGGCGGUGGAGCCCAGGUGGAUUUCGGGGAGGGGGAAGGGCGCAGCCGCGGGGAUUGGAUGAGCCGACGGGUGACGUCACGGACGUGGAGGCUGUAUGCCCUGCGGCUGCUCUUGGCUGCCGCGGGCUCCCCACGGCUUCCCAGGCGGAGGCUAGGUUUCCUCCGAGCCUUUGGAGGCGGAGGCCGGAUUCAGGGCUACUUCCAGGCCAGGUCCGCAGCCAUGUUCGAGCAGGAGGGAAGUUGGGAUGUGUCCUUUGCAGGCUCGGGCUUCAUGGGCCUCUACCACGUGGGCGUGAUCGCCUGCCUGAGAGAGCGAGCCCCGCAACUCCUGCGCGGGACCCGCCGCUUCUAUGGCUCCUCGGUGGGCACGCUCUGCUGCCUCGCCAUCCUCACCGGCAAGUCCAUGGACUUCUGCUGUUCCAACCUCAUGGAUAUAGUCAAGGAAGUCCGUAGGAAAAGCAUUGGCAUCUUCCAUCCCUCCUAUGACAUCUUGGACUUUGUGAAAAGGCGCCUUCAGAACAACCUUUCCGACAACAUCCAUGAGCUGGCCUCCCAGAGGAUGGGCAUCUCCCUCACUCGGUGGCCAGAUGGGAAGAAUGUGAUUAUUACCCACUUUGCCACCAGAGAUGAGCUCAUCCAGGCAGUUUUGUGCAGCAUGUACGUUCCUUUCUAUUGCGGCGUCAUCCCUCUCGAGUUUCGGGGAGAGCGUUAUAUAGAUGGAGCUCUGAGUAACAAUGUCCCCUUCAUGGACUCAAAGAGGACCAUCACUAUCUCCCCUCUCCAUGGGACCGUGGACAUCUGCCCAGAAAGCAAUUCUGCCAGUUUACACGAGCUGAACCUCUGCAACGCCAACUUCCAGAUGUGUACCAGGAACUUUCAUGUCGGGGUGAUGUGUCUCAUCCCUCCGGAGCCUGAGGUGGUGGCAGAUGUUUGCAGACAAGGCUAUUUAGAUGCUCUGAGGUUCCUGGAAAGACGAGGUAUUACAAAGGAGGGAGUCAUCCUGAGCUUGCUCUGUGGGGUGACCUCAUCACCUAGAUCUCUAAUUUGGCCAACCAGCAGUAACCGAGGAAGAAAUGGUGGUAGUGAGGAAGCAGGAAAGUCAGGAGGAGUGUAUAUCAACUGGACAACGCCCAAUGUGUUGGUCAGAGACAUAGCAAAAUUUGAGCUCCUGUCUCCAGACCUUGAAGCAGCCUUGCAGAAGUCAUGUGAAAAACCCAAUGGAUUCUUUGCCCGAUUUUCCCGAUCAAUACCUGGCCGAGUGCUGACCUACGCUCUCCUGCCCUGCACGCUGCCUUUGGAGUAUGUGUACUUUAAGACAAAGAGGUUAAUAAGCUGGAUUCCAGAGGCCCCCGGAGAUAUUGGGUGGAUGCAUCAGGAACUCAAGAAGUUUGGUGGUUUUGUCUUCUCUGAAGUGACAGACAGACUUCUGGGGGCUGUGCGGGACCAAGAGGGGACUUGAAGCCCAGGUUCAUCCAUCCAGAGCUGGAAGAGACCUCAGAGACCAGGUUGCGGAAUCUCUCUUCCUCUGGUUCUUCCAGCACGAAGCAGCCACUCCCUCCCCAGCCAGACUUGUGGAACCCUGACUACUCCAAGAUGCACAUUUCCUUGGCAGAGAUUGUCCUGCCACCCCAACCACUGAGGGCUUGAGUGGGCUGACAUGGCAGCAGGGCCUUUGGAGUCAUUGUCCUUCCUUCCUCCUCAGCUCCUCUGUCCUUGGCCAGAGUGGGGAGUGCCUGUCAGCCAGCCCUGGUUCCUAGGGGUGCUGUGUGGCUGGGCAAGGGCACAGUUCUCUAAUUGUGAGAUGGCCUGGAGGAUGCCUUCUGUUUGUGGGCUUUCUGGGCCUAGGUCUGCCCUGGUUAG